GAAGACAAACUCUCAGGCAGACAGAACGCCCUCAACUCAAUCCGAGGGUUUGGACAAAACCCCCAGCCGCCGCCGCCGCCGCCGCCGCCGCCGCCGCUCCCCUCCACAAUGAUGGUCCCGCUCGACCCCUCGGGCAAGCCCACCUCGCAGAGGCGCAUCGCGGAGGGCGACACCGUCGUGGUGUACGAGCGCCACGACGCGAUGCGCGCCGUCGCCGUGCGCGCCGGCGGCGUGCUCCAGAACCGGUUCGGCGUCUUCCGCCACGACGACUGGCUCGGACGCCCCUUCGGAUCCAAGGUCUACAGCUCCGCCAGCGGCGGUGGAGGCAAGGGCGGAGGCGGCAAAGGGUUUGUGCACCUCCUGGCGCCGACCCCGGAGCUCUGGACGCUGGUGCUCAGCCACCGGACGCAGAUCCUCUACAUUGCUGACAUCAGCCUCGUCGUGGCCUACCUCGAGCUCGUCCCCGGCUGCGUCGUUCUCGAGUCUGGCACCGGCAGCGGCUCGCUCACCACAUCACUGGCACGCGCCGUCGCGCCGCACGGGCGCGUCCACACCUUCGACUUCCACGAGCAGAGGGCAGCCUCGGUGAGGGAAGACUUUGAGAGGAAUGGCCUAAGCACCCUCAUCACGGUCAAUGUGCGGGAUAUACAAGGUGAAGGAUUCCCAGAGGAGCAUCGCGGUGCUGCUGAUGCUGUCUUCCUGGACUUGCCCCAGCCUUGGCUCGCGGUACCAUCUGUUGGAUUGAUGCUUAAGCAAGACGGUGUUUUGUGCUCCUUUUCACCUUGCAUCGAGCAAGUGCAGCGUGCUUGUGAAGCAAUGAGACCGUGUUUCACAGAUAUUAGAACCUUUGAAAUUCUUCUUCGUACCUAUGAAGUAAGAGAUGGUGCUCUUAAGAGUGCCACUGCCUAUGAGGAGGCUACUAUGGGGCCUCUUCCACAGAAAAGGAAAAAAAUUACACCACCAGGAGAAAACUCGGACUGUACACAGAAGAAUUCCUCUGUUUUGGUUAGGCCGUGCAGCAGUGCUAGAGGACACACUGGCUACUUGACCUUUGCAAGGCUUCGCUUGUGAGAGGGCCAGACUGAAUCUUAAAAGAGGUGAGUGUAGAGACUAGCAGAUGACAAGAGGAUAUGAAGUUACGCUUCAUUUUUAAUAGCAGUAAAAUGUUUUGUUUCAUCUACCCUCGGGUGAUGCUCAUUGUAACAUCUGGUUUUUUAGAACUACACUCAGUGCAUUUUGCGAAUUGCGUAAUCACAUUUUUCUUGUUGAUCU